AUGAUAUACUUCGGGGAUGGAAAGUUAGUCAAACAGUACAUUGGAACUGUCGAUGGCAUUCUCGAUCAUUUCGACAGCCUGCUGAACGAGAUCUCUCUUGUCAGUCAAUUCGAUGAAGAAAUGUGGCCUUUUGUUGAUUGGGUGGCAGAGUGGCAUGGCUCUACAGGAUUACAAAGCAUGGGUAUACCUCGAACUCACUGGAAUGGAGCUGCAACGUACAACAGCUUGAUUUAUGCAUUUGUACUCCAGCAGGCUGCUGACCUUUGUGACUUCGUCCACCGCGCAGACACCGCAACCGAGUAUCGGAGAAGAUCCAGGUCGCUCAACGAGGCCGUCAACGCCCACUGCUUUGACGGAGACUGA